GAAGAAUAUCUGCUGUAGCAUCACGUGUCCAUAGCAACUGUGAGGCUGGCGGAUGCUGGAAGUGAUUUAGAUGAUAUUGUAAUCAGCGAGGGCUUCGGCUGAAGGUCGGGAUGCUGAUGUGAAGAGAUGGCGGAGAAGCCCGACUCCAAAUCUCCCAAAUCCGACAGCGACGCGGAGUUCGUGUGCCAGCCCGAGGUCAGCGCGCUGCUCAGGGGAGCUCUGCUGGAGCUGCUCCAGUCCAGGCCCGAGGAUCCCGUGGGUUUCCUGGCCGAGCACUUCGCUCAUCUGUCGGCGGAGGCUGAGGACGGAGCCGCGGAGCACCGGAGCGUCAGCCGCGCUCUCUGGCACCUGAGCCUGGCGCAUCACUCGCACAGGUCAGCGUUUAACAGUAACGUGCGCGUGGCGUACGAGCUGCUGGCGUGCGGUCCGAGCGGCGGAGGUGUUCGCGGGCGUCUGUACUCAGAGAUGCUGCGGAGUCUGUGCAGUGAAGGCGGGCUCUCGGGCUCCACCGCCGCUCCGCUCCUGCGCCGCAUCCAGAGCCACGACUACGAGUGCGUGCCCUUCCAGCUCUUCCGGCAGGGCGUCCUGACCUGCGCCGUGUUCGCCGACUACAUCCGGAAGUCUCAGUGUCUGUACGCGGCGGUGGCCAGCGCUCCGGACCGGCCCGCCCAGAGGACGCUGUGCCAGGCGGUGCUCUCCACCCUCCGCGACGCGCUGGACACGGCCGACCGCACCGACGCGGCGCGAUAUCUGGAGGCCAGCGCCAAGAUCUCUCCCGCUAAAGUGGCGCAGGCCAUGGCCGAGGUUCAUCCGCCCGCGCAGAGACGCGACGGACCCACGAUGGACGCGCAGGAGUUCGAGGACGCCGCCGCCGCGCUCUUCAUCGCUCGAGUGCGCACCGUCACCUGAAAUCACCCGGAGUUUUGCAUGGGUCGUUAUUAUUGAAAACUGAGAAUAUGUGACCUUGGACCACAAAACCGGUUCCCAUAAGGGUCAGUUUUUUUAAAUUGAGAGUUAUGCAUCAUCUGAAAGCUUUCCCUGAGAUACAACUAUUUGAAAAUCUGGAAUCUGAGGGUGCAAAAAAAUCAAAAUAUUGUGAAAAUCACCUUUAAAGUUGUCCAAAUGAAGUUCUUAGCAAUGCAUAUUACUACUUUUGAUAUAUUUACGGUUGGAAAUUUACAAAAUAUCUUCAUGGAACAUGAUCUUAACCCAUUUAAUCACAAAUUUUUCCCAGACAUGAAAAUAUCCAAAUGAUGUGUCAUUACUAGUAACCCUUUGAAAUAAUCAAUAAUUAUUUUUGAUAUUUUUGGAAAAGUGUGUGAAAAAUUGUGUUUUAUGCUCGGUCACAAUAGUGGGAUAUGGUGAGUAAUGAAAUCACAUAUUUCUGCAGUCAUAAAAAUUGUUAUAUAUCUUAGCUCAGCUAUUUUAAACUGUUUGAUCACAUUCUAGGGUUACUAUUAUGCAUAAAAAAAAACCUUAUGCAACAUUGAUAGGAUUGAUAGAAAAAAUUCAACCAUCACCGCAUUUCAAAAUUGUUACUUUUUUUCUAAAAUAUAACAUCAAAUAUUUAUAUCGAUGCUAGGAGUAUUACAACAUCAUUAUUGUAAUUUUCUUCUAACAUUUGAAUUUUUAAUUUAGUGCAAUAUUUUGUCAUUGCAACAUUUUAUUGUUAUUUUCACUAACAACUGCCAUUGGAUUAUAUUGUAAAAUAAAGUUCACUGUUAUCCCAGCGGUCACUAUUGUGACCAUCAACAUGUUUACUCACUCUAUGACCUCACUCAACAAAACUGAAUAUAUGCGAAUGCAAAUAUUAAUACUAGACACCCUAAAGAUAACGUGUACCAAAAAUAUAUGUGGGGGUGUGUUUAAAUGAGGCGUUUUAGGAAGGCAUAGACGAGUCUUAACUUGAGACUUUGGUCUUUGCAACUUUACGGAUCUUAUAUAUGCAUGAACAGCUUGUAACACUCCAAAGACAAAGGAAAACUUGAAAUGGCAUCAUAUGACCCUUUAAAUCAAGAUGCAUUCACUAGAGAAGCAAAAUUACAAGAUAUUAAAUCUUAUAGCAAAAAAAAAAAAAA